AUGAAGGGCCCGGAGGAUUACCGCACCAUCAGGCUGGAGCCGAGUGCAGUCCGCUGCCGGCCGGCGGAGGCUUGGCAUGCAGGACGCUGGAAGCCACCGCUUGGUUCCACUUGGAGCUUCUCCUUCGCGCUGGCUGUGGAGAAAUCCGUGAAUUGCUACGUCAAUGUUGGACUUGUGGAGUGGAAGGCAGCUCGCAAGGAAGCAGAUGAAGACGACCAGCAGGAAACCGUUGCGUCUGCGGCCUCUGCACAAAGCUUAGCGGACAUCUUGAAGGUGAAGUCUGAUACUGAGGACGAGGUGCCAGGCGGCUGGCUGCCUGAGCAGCACGUCGACGAGAACCCGAGGCAGAUGAUGCUGGGAUGUAGGAAAGGCGUGCAGUGGUUUGGCAACGCUGCCAAGUACCCACUGUUUCAGGACAACAUCAUGGCAGGGUCGUUGCUCCGUUUCCGAUGCGACUACCACCUCAACCGUCAAGGCGAUAUCGCGCAGGUGAAGAUCUGGAUGCUGGCUUCACCGAUUCAUUUUGAAUAUGGGGGCGAACACACCGUCAAGGAGUCUGACCUCUGGUGCGAGCCCUUGGCCCAGUGGUGGGGCCCUCGAUGGAGCAGCCAGGACAAGAAGAUUCGAACCGCUUGGGUGCCUGCAGUGACCCUGUACACAAAGGAGGAUGUGGUCACCGUUGCAUGGCAAAGCCCAGACGACAUCUAG